AAGCCAACACAAAUACUUUCUUUCAUCUGUUUGGUUUUAACCGAUUAUAUAUAUAAUAUUGAUAUCUAUGUAUAUAUGACAAAUGUACUUGUAUAUAUUGUUACUAUAAUACUGCGUUACAUUUACAAUUAUUUAUGACAAUUGCACUUGUUUAUAUUAUGUUUAUAAUGUGUUCUUUUCCUGUACUUAUGUAAAUGCUCUUCAGUUAUGUAGGAAAUAAAGAUAAUAAUAAUAAUGAUAAUAGUAAUAGUCUAUUUAUUAGGUAUGAUACACCGACCUAAGUGUUUGGAAGUAACAAUUUGGAAAUUACUAGCCUUUUUCCGUUUCAAGAAUGACCCUUCAAUUAUUUUGAAUUAUAUUGGUUCUGGGAAUUUACUUGAAAAUCGUUUCGUAUAAAACACAAUGAUCAUAUUCACGUUAAGUCAUUUCAAAUCUUUAUUAGGUUUUAGUUACAAAGUGAUCAUACAAGUGUGAGAUGCCAGUAUGUACUCGCGUGUUAAAGGCGUCUACAGAAACAAUGUGACAUUGGAAGAACUAAAUGAGGACUUAUUUCGCCUACAUAUUCCCGCCUUAAUAUUUGUCGCACUUUGUUUUGUGACUGGAUUUGUGGGAAAUCUACUGGUUCUAUUAGUAUACAAGAAGAAAUUCAGAAGAUCUAACCACCGGUAUUUUAUUCUGUUUUUAGCAGCGUUAGACUUUCUGGCCUGCAUCGCCGGAAUGCCUUUCAUCAUUGCAAGCCUACGGUUGCCAUUUUUGAUGACGUCAUCUGCGUUAUGUAAAUCGAUGCGAUAUCUUCUUUACGUUGUCAAUAACAGCUCAGGUCUGCUGUUAGUGGUCAUUUCGGUAGAAAGAUACUGGAAAAUAUGUCAUCCAUUCAAAACUCAGCCGACCACAAGGCAUACACUUUAUUUAUGCAGUGGAACUGUUUUCGUCAGCGCAAUAAUAGCCAUUCCAGCAGCAGUGUUGUACGGUGCCAGUACAAUAGAGACAGGUGUUGGUGAUAUAACGGGGUACCAGUGCUACGUCGACGACACUUCAGAGCACAAACAACUUUUUAAAAUCUAUCAGAGCGUUCUAAUGAUAGAAACUAUUUUAAGUACCGUAAUUUUUGUUAUUUUAUACGUUUUUAUUAUGAGAACACUUUGGACGAGUAAUCAGUUCAUACAAGCAAUGAGAAGCAUGCAAAUGAGUUCGACCAGGAAAUCGGAUACAAGACUUAACAGGGUGAAACAAACAAACAAAUUUCCUACUCUUACACCAGCAGAAAGACUAGCGAUGCGUAAACUACUGGAAUCGAAACAACAACCAGCAGAAACGCAAACACAACCAACACCUCAAAUCAUGAAAAGAACUGCAAGAGUUACUCUAAUGCUAUUCACCGUUUCCAUGGUAUUUGUUAUUGCAUUUGUUCCGCACCUUGCACUCAUGAUAGUUACCGCCGAGAAAGAAGAUUCUCUGGAUACUUUGAACGAAAUUGAAAUAAUGGUUUAUCAAAUUUUCUUAAGGAGUUUUAUUUUGAACAAUGUUGCAAAUCCCAUUAUAUACUUAUUUUGCGAUUCUAAAUUUAGAAAAUUGUGUAAACAUUUUAUACGAAAAUACAUAAUAUGUAACCGUAACAGAAAAUAAAAAAGCGGCGAAACAACAGUUGAAUGAUAAACACUUUGAAACGGUUAAAUAUUUUUUGUUGUAAUUUCAAGCAUGCAUGGUGACGGAGAACUAAACCAAACUGUAUUAUGUCUACUUCAAUGAGUGUUUCUGUAUAACAGUUAAGUGAGUUAAGUGUGCAUGUCCAAUGUUGUUUGUAGAUAACAAAUUGAUUGUGGUAAUUUUAACAUUAAUAAUUCUUUAUUCAUUUUCUGGUUCUUUAUUUAUCCCUGCAAAUAUAUAUUAUACACAUCAACUGCGAAAUUUCAUAUUGUAUAUGUAGUAUUUUAGUAUACAUCAGAUUACCUCCUUUGGCCUCAAUAGCCGAAGUCAGUGACUCCAAAUUGCUUGCCCCAUUGCUGUGGAAUCAAAUCGCUGGGGGUGUAGAAUUAUUCUAUGUGAGGAAGCCAUCCAACUGACAUAAGGAAGAUUGCUUCCCGCACAUGCCGGAUAUACGUCAACAUUACAACGCCCCUAUUGGAUGUACGCACUCAUUGAGUGUACUUUAUACUGACCAAAGGUUAGUGUUAGGUUUAACAUAGGUUUAAUAGUGAACAUUCAAUGUGUGCGUACACUCAAUGCGGGAGAUUAAAUUCCGACCGCCGGAAAUACUGCCUGGAGGGGCACCUGGGACCUACC